GCCUGUAACUAUGUUUUCUGGAUAGGGUGCUUCGAUACCACGCUGCGCGAAUGGGACAAAUCUUCUGAUAUCCUUACCAGGGCCAAUUAGUUCUGAGGAUAUGGCUGUUACUGGAGCUGGUGCACGUCUUCAUGAAAAAGAUACGUCAAGUCUUUCACUGCUGUAUGAUUUUGAAGAACUAGAAGGACAGUUGGAUUUCUUAACCCGUGUAGUUGCGGUUACAUUUUAUCCGGCUGGUUCUGUUAGAAUUCCUAUGACCCUUGGUCAGAUAGAAGUCCUUGGAAUUUCUCUUCCAUGGAUAGGAAUGUUUACUUGCGAACGUACUGGAGGAAGAUUAGCUGAACUUGCAAGGAAACCAGAUGAGGAUGAGAUUCCUUUUUCACCUUCUUCUGACUUGAAUCCGUUUGCAGCAAAAUCUUCACAAACUGAAACUGUCUCCACACCCGUACAUCAGAAAGAUCCUUUUCCCGGUAAUCUGCUUGACCUUUUAACAGGAGAGGACUCGUCUUCUGACCCCUUCCCACAACCAGUGGUGGACUCUGUUGCAAGUGGAGACAAUGACAUGCUUGAUUUCUUAGACCAAGCAGUGGUUGAAUAUCGCGGCUCUGAAACUGUUCCUGGUGGAUCUGUCCCACAAGAUAAAAGGCCCAAAGAAAGUGGUGUUCAUCUGUACAUAAAUUGUCUAAAGUCUCUUGCAGGUCCAAACAUGGGGAAGAAGCUUGAGUUUGUAGAAGCUAUGAAGCUGGAAAUUGAACGUCUACGUCUCAAUAUAUCAGCAGCAGAAAGAGAUAGGGCACUGUUAUCUAUUGGAAUUGAUCCGGCUACCAUUAAUCCAAACUCUUCAUACGACGAGUUAUAUAUUGGAAGAUUAUGCAGAAUAGCAAAUGCACUUGCAGUUAUGGGCCAGGCUUCUCUUGAAGAUAAAAUCAUAGCUUCUAUUGGUCUAGGGAAGCUAGAAAAUAAUGUGAUAGAUUUCUGGAACAUAUCCGGAAUUGGUGAGGGUUGUGAUGGUGGAAUGUGUCAAGUCCGAGCCGAGGUCAGUAAAAGUCCAGUUGGGUUUUCUACCAAGAGUUCAGGAGGAGAGUCAGGCUCAGUGUUCUUAUGUUUCCAAUGUAUGAAAAAAGCUUGCAAGUUUUGUUGUGCUGGAAAAGGAGCUCUUCUGCUUUCAAAAUCAUACUCCAGGGACAAUGCGAAUGGAGGUGGAAGUCUUACAGAUAUGUUCGCUACUUCGAUAGGUUCAGAUCAUUACAUUUGUAAAAAAUGCUGCAGUUCGAUAGUGCUUGAAGCCUUGAUUGUAGAUUAUGUAAGAGUCAUGGUCAGCUUGCGAAGAAGUUGUCGUGUCGAUACUGCUGGUCGGGAAGCUCUGAACGAGGUCUUUGGAUCUAACAUUAAAAAUCAUCUUGCUGUUAAAGGUCACCCUUCUCCUAAUCGAGAAGACUUUAAUUUUCUUCGUCAAAUUCUGGGUCAAGAGGAGUCACUUGCUGAGUUCCCAUAUGCAAGCUUCUUACACAAAGUCGAAACUGGAACUGACUCGGCACCAUUUUUCUCAUUGCUGACCCCUGUGAAUCUUGCUUCAAGUAAUGCCUACUGGAAAGCUCCUCCUUCUGCAAACUCUGUUGAAGCUGUCAUCGUUCUCAAUAGCCUUUCAGAUGUCAGCAGUGUGAUUCUACUCGUUAGUCCAUGUGGUUACUCUGAUGCUGAUGCUCCUACCGUCCAAAUUUGGGCGAGCAGCGACAUAAAUAAGGAAGCACGGACUUUGAUGGGAAAGUGGGAUGUACAGUCCUUAAUUAGAUCUUCGCCUGAGUUGUAUGGUCCUGAAAAUUCUGGUAGAGCUCCUAGGCAUAUAAAAUUUGCUUUCAAGAAUCCUGUUCGUUGCCGCAUAAUAUGGGUAUUACUGCGUCUUCCUCGGCUUGGAUCUAGCUCAGUUAGUUUGGACAAAAACAUUAAUCUCUUGUCUUUGGAUGAGAACCCUUUUGCUCCGAUCCCUCGCCGUGCCUCUUUUGGAGCAACCAUUGAGAAUGACCCAUGUCUUCAUGCAAAACGCAUCUUGGUCACUGGAAACAUCGUGACUAACAAAACGCUUGCAUCAUUACAAAGUGUUGAGAGCAUGAGCGUAAGAAACUGGCUGGACAGAGCCCCACGUUUGAAUAGAUUCCUGAUACCACUAGAGGCUGAGAGACCAAUGGAGAAUGAUCUAGUCUUGGAACUUUAUCUGCAACCUGGUUCACCUUUAGCAGCUGGAUUCCGUUUAGAUGCUUUUAACGCCAUAAAGCCUCGGGUGACCCACUCGCCUUCUUCAGAUGUAGUUGACAUUUGGGACCCGGCAAAUAUCAUAGUGGAAGACAGACAAGUCUCUCCAGCCGUCUUGUAUAUACAAGUAUCUGUUCUUCAGGAACAAUACAAAAUGGUGACAAUCGCGGAAUAUAGAUUGCCUGAGGCAAGAGUUGGAACACAGAUGUAUUUCGAUUUCCCUAAACAGACUCAAGCACGCAGAGUUUCGUUUAAGUUGCUUGGAGAUGUAGCAGCUUUUUCAGAUGAUCCCGCAGAGGCUGGUGACUUGAGCGGCCGGGCAUCUCCAUUUGCUGCAGGACUGUCGUUAGCAAAUAGGAUCAAGCUAUAUUACUAUGCGGAUCCUUAUGAAGUAGGCAAAUGGGCUAGCCUUUCAGCUGUCUGAUUUUAGCCUUUCACUGGCCGUAGCUUGAGGGAAAAAAAAAGGUAAAAGAAGAGAAAAAUUCAAUAUACCUAAUAACCUUAUUUGUCAAUUUUGGAAUUCUAGUUAACUUUAUUUAUUUAUGUAACAUUAUUAUAUUCCCUUGGAGAAAAAUAAUUUCUUUUGUUGACCAAAAUGAACGUGAAAAACCAUUUUAUGCUCU